AUGACGAUUAAUGAGUCAGUGCCACAGCCUCUGGAAUGCUUUGGAAUCAUGGAAAACAGGCUCCAGGAGAACGGUGACCAUAGAAUAGAAGAAGACAGAAAUCUCAACAACGCUGGAGCUGCCGUUAAUGUACGGGAUCAAUACGACCUUAGUCCACUUUUUGUUGCCUCGCGACGGGGCUACGCGAAGAUUGUCGAACUGUUGAUUGAAGCCGGCGCUGAUCUCGAGGCACAGAACCGGGAUGAAGGCAGCGCAUUACAAGUGGCUUCUGGCGCCGGGCAAGAAGGCAUAGUCGACAAGCUGCUUGAAUCAGGUGCCGAUGUCAAUGGCGGAGGAGGAUUUUACAAUAAUCCGCUACAGGCAGCUUCAGCCCAGGGUCACGCUAGCAUUGUCCAGCGACUUAUCACAGCAGGUGCCGACGUCAAUAAAAUUGGUGGCUACCACGGAACCUCCUUGCAGGCAGCUUCAGCUGAGGGCGACGACCAUGUCGUCCGGCGACUCCUCGCAGCGAAUGCCGAAGUCAACAUCCAAGGAGGGAAGCACGCAAACGCAUUGGUGGCAGUUUCGGAAAAUCUGAAAUUUGCGACACGUACUAUCAUGAGCGGCGCAUCUAGUGGCCUGUCAGCGAACUUCGGAAAAUACGUUCGCAUCGUCGUGCUGCUGCGCGAUCACGGCGCUAAUGCGGACGUGCCCGGGACGCAGUAUGGGGAUCUUCUGUACACGGCUUCCUACAAAGGCAAUGAAGAGGCUGUACGUCUCCUGCUCGAAACAGGCGUCAAUGCAAAUGAACAACAAAGAGGCAAACUUGACACUGCACUUCAAGCGGCUGCAUAUCGCGGGGAAGAAAAUAUCGUCAAGCUGCUUCUUGAUGCAGGGGUCAAUGUUAAUGCCCAAGGUGGAGAGUUUUAUGGCAACGCCCUUUACGCAGCCCUGGAGUCUUACUGGUCUGAUGAAAAGACGGUCCAAAUAUUGCUGGAUCAUGGCGCCGACGUCAAAGCGGGCAAUGCGCGUCACACAGAUGCUCUUGAAGCGGCCUCAACCGAAGGCAAGAUGGAUGUCGUCCAGCGAUUUCUUGACAAAGAGGUUGCUGAUAGGGCCGGGGAGGUUGAUUCUUCGGCUGGAUGCAAACGUGGCCAAUCUCCCUAG